GGAACGAAAAAACGUUUAUUAAUAUAAUAACCUGGCAAGCAAUGAAACGCUCUUUAUCUUCUCCUGGCUAUAUCUAACUGUCCCGAUUCACGGAUUGAAGGCAAAGCUCUUCUUUUGCUCAAAUCUGCAAAUUAGGUUUUCCCAAAGGGUUCAGUUUAUUGAAGUUUUACAGUUUCGUGGCUUUGAAACAAUUACAUGGGGACUUGUUUGACAAAGUUUAUGCAGGCUUCUAUUGAUGAUGAUUCUAAUCAUAAUAUGGAGUUUGCUUCUGGGAAUGUGCAACUUAUUACUACCAAAGAAUCUUGGGACCAAAAGUUGGAACAAGCAAAGAGGGACAGUAAAAUUGUUAUUGCAAAUUUCAGUGCAACAUGGUGUGGUCCUUGUAAGAUGAUUGCACCAUAUUAUAGCGAGUUGUCUGAGAAAUACCUCUCUAUUAUGUUCUUAUUAGUCGACGUGGAUGAACUAACUGACUUCAGCACUACGUGGGACAUCAAAGCCACGCCAACUUUCUUCUUUCUUAAAGAUGGAAUUGAGGUUGACAAACUUGUUGGAGCCAACAAGCCCGAACUACUGAAGAAGAUUGUUGCGAUUACUGAUGUAGUGCCUCAUAAUCAAUAGUGUAAUUGUUUUUUUAUAUCUAUUCAUGGAAGCUACGCUCUUCCUUUCUCUCUUCACGACUAGCGGCAGUGUGUAUUUUGCAUCUUUUUCUGUGACAUUGUCAUUUUUAAUGUAAAUAUAUGAUGUAUCAAAUGAAUGUCUUGUAUUCAAAAUUUCAACAUAACGUCACUGGUAUCUUUGAAAUAUAAAAGAAUUGUUUGUGCCUAA